AUGGCUGACUGCUCCCAGGCGCAAGUCAUCUCGAAUUCAGGCCACGAUGAUAUGAUUCACGACGCCGUCCUGGACUACUACGGCAGACGACUCGCGACCUGCUCCUCAGACAAAACCAUCAAGAUCUUCGAGAUCGAGGGCGAGCAACACCGCCUGACCGAGACCCUCAAAGGCCACGAGGGAGCAGUCUGGUCCGUCGCCUGGGCACACCCCAAAUACGGCACCAUCCUCGCAUCAAGCUCCUACGACGGCCGCAUCUUGAUAUGGCGGGAACAGAACAACCAGUGGCAGCGCAUCUACGAAUUCACCCUUCACACCGCCUCCGUCAACCUCAUCGCGUGGUCGCCUCCAGAGACAGGCUGCCACUUAGCUGCCGCGAGCAGCGACGGCAAUGCCAGCGUCUUGACCUUCGAGAACAACACCUUCUCCCACACCAUCUUCCCCGCGCACGGCUUGGGCGUCAACUCAGUCUCGUGGAGCCCCGCCAUCCUUCCCGGUCAGUUGACCAGCGCGCAAACAGCACCCACAACACCAGUGAGAAGAUUUGUAACAGGUGGAUCGGACAACUUGGUGAAGAUUUGGUCAUUCAACUCUACAACCGCAAGCUAUGACAACACUACCACACUGCAAGGCCACUCUGACUGGGUGCGCGAUGUCGCAUGGUCACCCACCCCACUUUCCAAGUCCUACAUUGCGAGCGCGUCACAAGAUCAUACGGUGCGGAUAUGGACGUUGCCUUCUGGAUCGGACAUCGGCGACGCGAACGCGUGGAAGAGCGAGGAGCUGACCCUGGAUGUGGUUGUCUGGCGGGUCAGCUGGAGCAUGGCAGGCAAUGUCUUGGCCGUAUCAUGCGGCGACAACAGGGUCAGCUUGUGGAAAGAGAAACUCAAGGGCGGCUGGGAGGUGGUCAAAACGAUUGAGGAAUAA